AUGAGACUUUUGAUUGCUGCAUUCGUUACUGCAGCGUACGCUGCGCCACAAGGAUAUAGUCCUCCAUCCUCGGGAGGUGGCUUCUCCGCGGGAGGAGGUGGAGGAUUUUCUGGAGGAGGUGGAGGAUUUUCCGGAGGAGGAUUCUCUGGUGGUGGAGGAAUCUCUGGUGGUGCAUUCUCCGGCAGGGGAGGUGGAGGAUCUGGAUAUGGAGGAGGAGGAUGCAAUGCAGGAGAGAUUCUUCAUGUUGACGGUUCCUGUGUCGUUCCCAUAAUCUCACGCAACGUAUUUGUCUAUGACGCUCCCGAACAGCAGGAAGAAAGUGGUCCACCACCAAAUAUUCCUCCACCAAGAAUCAACCACAACAUCCUAUUCGUCCGCGUUCCUGAGAAGGGAGCAGCGCCUGAGCCAAUCAUCGUUCCUCCACCAAGGCAACAGAGCGUGGUGUACGUCCUGAACAAGGACGAUGGAGGAGGAGGACAGCAAGUGAUCGAAGUGACAGCUCCUCCACCGUCCAACCCUGAGGUUUACUUCGUCAACUAUGCUGAAGGAGAUAACCCUCAGCUGCCCAUUGGAGUUGAUCUCCAGACUGCUCUCCAAGCGGCUGCCAACGGCGGAGGACAAGUCAUCGGCGGAGGCGGAGGUUCUGGUGGUGGAUUUGGCGGUGGCUCCGGUGGCGGAUUUGGCGGUGGUUCUGGUGGCGGAUUUGGUGGUGGUUCCGGCGGCGGAUUUGGCGGUGGUUCUGGUAGUCUUGGUGGGGGUUCUGGUGGUAAUUAUGGCCCACCACCCGCUCCCUCGAACACAUACUCAGGGGAUAGUGGACCACCACCUAGUAUUCCGCCGCCGAGAGUUGAUCACAGUAUCCUGUUCAUAUGCAUUUCUGAAGAAGGUCGAGGACCCGAACCCAUCAUUAUUCCACCACCAAAACAGGAAAGCACUGUGUACGUCCUGAACAAGAACGGAGUGGACGGAGAACAGCGCAUGGUCGAAAUGAUAAUUGCUCCUCCUUCAAAUCCUGAGGUUUCAUCAACUACGACGAGGGAGAAAAUCCAACCCUUCCUAUUGGAGUGGAUCUUUAGACUGCUCUUCAGGCAGCUGCUGAAGCCGGCGGUCAGGUCAUCGGAGGCUCUGAAGGUGCUAGAAGAGGGAUCGAGUGUGGUGCUGGAGGAUUUGGUGAAAGUAGUGCUGUUGAUCUUGGUGGUAGUGGAGGAGCUGGUGGUUUCGGUGGCUGUGGAGGAGCUAGUGGAUUCAGUGGUAGUGGAGGAGUUGGUGGUUUCGGCGGCAGCGGAGAUCGUGCAGGAAAGAAGUUCAGGCAGUAGUCUUUCUGGCCCCAGCUUAAGAACCUACUUCAAAAUAUAA